AUGCAGCUCUCCGAGACGGACAAACCGACCAAGAAAGAGACUGAACCGAUUGCUACUCCUGUGGUAAACAACAAAUCGGAGGUGACGCACAGCCAUGGAUUCUCACUAACGGAUCAGCAAUAUGUGAGUAUGGAGUCUGCGCGUGCACGUUGUGGUGAUCAUACUCCGUUAAAUGAAGCGGCCGAGAAGAAUCUAGUUAUGGAGACGCCGAAGCAGUCGAAGGCCAAACUUCUCGGCAUUUUCCUUGUGCGUACAAUUUGUGACCUUGGUCCUUUGGUGGUGUGUAUUGUCGGUGGUAUCGUUGGAUACGGUUUGGGUUCGUCACGUCUGAAGCUCACAGGUACGAUCCCAGGCGGCUUUCCUGGUCCGAAGGUGCCGUGGUAUGGUUUCGACGAGGGACUUAUCGCAAGUGAUCGCUUCGGAACGAUUCUGUACAACUCGCUUACUGUCGUAGUCGUCGUAUUCCUGUCUAGUAUCGCUAUGGCCAAACGUCUGGCCAUUCAACGCGGAGAAGAUAUUAAUUGUGAUCAGGAGCUCACAGGUCUGGGCGUUGCCAGUGUCGUGUGCGGUUUCUUCCAGGCCAUGCCCCCUACGGGCGGUAUGUCUCGCACUGCUGUCAAUCUGUUGAAUGCCCACACGCAACUGUCGUCCAUCAUCACGACGUUGAUAGUGAUCAUCGCGCUAUACACACUGACUAGUGCUAUGUACUAUCUCCCGAGUGCAACACUGGCGUCGAUUAUCAUUGUUGCCGGCUAUUCGCUGUUUGUGGUCUGGACAGCCUCCUUCGUCUUGACGCUUGGUCUUGGAGUGUUGGACGGCCUCAUUGCGUCCAUUCUGAACAACGGGAGAUUUGUCGACCGCGAACUCUUCAGUCAAGCACGCGAUCUUGGCGACGUCAUUGUCAUUCGUGUUGACAGUUCGCUGUACUUUGCCAACUGCGAACGAGUGGCUCUCUUUGCUGAGCGUGAGAUGGCCCGUUUGAAAGCGAACGGCAUCACCACGUGCGGUGUGGUGCUGGAUAUGUGCAACAUGAAUGACCUGGACGCUACGACUAUCCAAGUUCUGUCGGAUAUGCAGGAGAAGCUGGCGGUGCGCAAAAUCCGUUUUUCCAUUGCGAAUGCCAAGAGUCGGCUACAUGACAUUGUGGCCUCCACCAACAUCAUCACACGAAUUCUAGCGAAUGACCCCAGUAUUUCAGUGGAGGAGGCGGUGCGUUUACUGCGAGAUCUGCCAGCCUCGGUCAUUACGUCUCCGUCCUCAAUGUCUCGACUGUCGACGGUGCAAGACAAAGUGUAA